CUCCGCUCCCCUGCCGCCGCUCCGGCCCGGGCCGCCCGGAGGAGCCGCGCCGGGGGCAGCAGAGCCGGCCGCAGCCUGGAUGGGCAGCCGCGCCCAGCCGCUCCCCGCGCCCGCCAGGUACUCACUUUUACUUGUUGAAACAAAAUAUUUCUGGAAGUACCAUCUCUGGAAGCGACAAUAUCCAGAAAUGACAUUUCAAUACCAACUUAUUAUCAAUACCAGAGUACUUGUUGACAUGCUGUGGCAGAGUAGGAAGAGCUUCUGGAACUGGUGAAGGGUUUAAGGAGGAACUUUUAUUUCUUCAGGUUCAAUGUAGUCUUUUGGGUUAGUACCGUGGAAGCUGGAAACAGAACUACUGUGCUCACAAUGGUUUAUGGUGAAUUUUUCCAUAGACCUGGGAAAGAUGAGGAACUUAUUAACCUGAAUGUGGGCGGCUUUAAGCAAUCAGUUGAUCAAAGUACUUUGCUCCGAUUUCCCCAUACCAGACUUGGGAAACUGCUCAAGUGCCAUUCUGAAGAGGCUAUACUGGAACUGUGCGAUGACUACAGUGAUGCAGACAAGGAAUAUUACUUUGAUAGAAACCCUUCCUUAUUUAGAUAUGUUUUGAAUUUUUACUAUACAGGUAAACUUCAUGUGAUGGAAGAACUUUGUAUCUUUUCCUUUUGCCAGGAAAUAGAAUAUUGGGGGAUAAACGAGCUAUUUAUUGAUUCCUGCUGCAGCAAUAGGUACCAAGAAAGGAAGGAAGAAGGUCCAGAUAAGGAAUGGGAUCAGAAAAGCAAUGACAGAAGUAUAGACUCUUCCAAUGAAGAAUCAUCCAUAUUAGAAAAAGAACUUGAAAAGUUUGAUAACCUGUGUUUUGGUGAAAUACGAAAGAAAAUAUGGGUCAGAAUGGAAAAUCCUGCGUACUCCUUAUCUGCCAAGUUAAUUGCAAUUUCCUCUCUGAGCGUAGUCCUAGCAUCAAUUAUAGCCAUGUGCAUCCAUAGCAUGCCAGAGUUCCAAAGACUAGAUGCCAAUGAAAGAGAGAUUGAAGACCCAGUUCUGGAAGCAGUGGAGAUUGUAUGUAUCAUCUGGUUCACGGGUGAGUUAGUGAUAAGACUUAUUGUGGCUCCAAGUCAAAAGAAAUUCUGGAAAAAUCCACUGAACAUAAUUGAUUUUGUCUCUAUUAUUCCAUUUUAUGCCACGUUGGCAGUGGACACAAAGGAAGAAGAAAGUGAAGAUAUUGAGAACAUGGGGAAAGUGGUUCAAAUCUUACGGCUAAUGAGGAUAUUUCGCAUCCUGAAACUGGCAAGGCACUCUGUAGGACUGCGGUCUUUAGGUGCCACUUUGAGACACAGUUACCAUGAAGUUGGACUUCUGCUUUUAUUCCUGUCUGUUGGGAUUUCUAUUUUUUCAGUUCUUGUCUACUCUGUGGAAAAAGACGAUGAAGAAUCAGAAUUGCACAGCAUACCAGUGUGCUGGUGGUGGGCUACUAUCAGCAUGACCACUGUUGGCUAUGGGGACACUUUCCCAGUCACCCUACUUGGAAAACUUCUUGGCAGUGUCUGCAUUAUUUGUGGAAUAUUAGUAGUGGCUCUGCCAAUCACCAUAAUUUUCAAUAAGUUCUCCAAAUAUUAUCAGAAACAAAAGGAUAUUGAUGUAGACCAAUGCAACAAUGAUCGUAAAGAGAAAUGUAAUGAGCUACCUUAUUUUAACAUUAGGGAUAUAUAUGCAAAAAAGAUGCACUCCUUCAUUUCUAGCCUUUCUUCAGUAGGAAUUGUAGUCAACGAUCAAGAUUCAACAGACGCCUCCAGCAUCCAAGAUAUUGAGGAUGUUUAUAACGCAACAGCUUUAGAGAAUGGUACAGGAAAAUGAGUUGAAUCACUUUCUCUUCCUGUUAUUUCUGUUUUCUAAUAGUUGGUUAAUGUGGAUUUAUAAACUUCAGUGAAUUUGUGAAGAGCAGUUAAUUCUCAGGGUACUUAAAUCUCAGCCAUAUUUGGACAUUCUUUGCUCUGAAGUUGUCACACAAGCUUCUUUGUUUAGAUGAGGCUCUAAAAUAUGCCUUGUGUGGUAUUUUAGAUUUUACAUGGCUAGUAUUAUGCAUUUUGGGAGGAAGGGGUGGGCAGCAGGCAGUUGAUGUUGAAUUCAACAUUUGUUCCUGCAUCAGAAUAGAUUUCUGUAAUUAACUGCUGUUCAGGUAACUGUAUGUUACCAACCUGAAAGAAAUAGGGCACAGAUAAGUGAAGUUUCUACAUGCAAGUAUAUUUGCAUUAAAAAAAAAGCCAUUAAAAACAUGUGAAGUAUGUUUACUAUGUAUACAUGGGAGUAGGAAGGUAAUUUCCUAAUUCAGGAUGAUGAAUGUAUUGGUAUGUCAUGUUGUUGCUCCAUGGUAGCAUAAUAUUUAUGAAUUUCCUUUGAACGUCACAGCAUAUUUUAGAUUUAUAAGGGAAAUCAAUCAAGUUUUUGCCAGGGUUUUCCAUUGCCCCGAAUCUAGCGUACUCAGUUGCAUCCAUAUUGAAUGUGUACAAACACUGUGUGAAGGAUCUGUACUGCACUUCUAAUAGCUUGCCUUAUAACCUACACCCAGCACUGAACUGAUACCCCAGGAGAGGCUUGGGGAUAUAAUGUGCCUUUUAAGCCACCUGUGCUAUUAUGAUCCUGGGCUGUUCAGAAGCUGGGGAGGUAUCCAGCAUAGCAUAGACAGCUCUGGAAGCCUACAUUGGUGCCUUGCUGUCCAAAGCGCUGCCCUAAAUUAUUGUCAUGUUAUGAGCUGCCAUCCUGCUCCGGUAUGCCCUCUCCCACCCAGCAACAAAGCUUGUGAGAAGGCUAUGCUAGUGGUAGCCUUGUGGCAGUAUUUCACUGUGCUUGGGGCAAUCUUGCCCCAGUGGAAUACAGGAUUGCAUGAAACUUCAGUUUAUUAGCCUGACAUUAAGGAAUUACAGUGGAAGUUAAAUCAGGGCCCUAUUGAAGUCAAUGGGACUUUUUCCAUUAAUUUAAAUGGGAUCAUUAUUUCACCCUAUGGAUCUGUUUUGGUGGUAUUUUCACUUGGCUUCCCUUGCCUGUAAGUGACUUAAUUAGAUGUGGGGUUGUGGGAAACCAAGUCCACUGGCUUUGCUUUUUGGCUAAAAAAAAGCUCACGUUUCUUGUUUCUGCACCAAACCUUGAAGCCUUUGUUCAGUCUUUCACUCAGGCAGAUGUUUGCUGAAGUCAGUAGUCCCUGAGGACUGAACAAAAAAAGGAAGGCUUGAUCAUCUUCAGAUUCUGCAAAGUUGGCUGGAGACGGUCUACUUUAUUUGAACUGGUUUAGUUCAAAUCUAUAUCAGGAUUUGUGAAGUAGGAGAUGAAAGCCAGCCAGGUGGAGAGCCAAAAUGAGCUACUUUAUUUGUUGCUGGUACACAGAUUUCUUGAACAUUGCCCUUCCCUAAAAUAGUGAACCAGAUGGGGCAGCAGAGUAGAUCAACUACUGUAACCAGAGAGGAGGAUUCCCUAAUAUUUUGAACCCUUUGCAUUAAGGCCUGAUUACUCAUGCUAAUUGUGUGGAAUUUGGAGAGAAUCCUUUCAACUGUGUAUGGACUUUACAGGCUUUGGAUCUUUCUUUAGGUAGUGCCAUACACGUACACAAUACUUCACAAAUAAUUAAGAAGACUAAUUCUUCUCUUGGUGGCCAGAGGAUUACCAAAACAGAACUUGGUCCUAAUUACCAUUCUUAUCAGGCAAUUAGUGUUACAACGAUGCUAUGUUGUAAAGUACUAUAUUCAUACAUAGAUGCAUGCACACACUUAAUAGAAGCCAUUCAGUAUAACCUGACAGGAUAGAAAUUGCUCAGUGCCCAAAGAAGUCCUCUUUGUAACCUUCAUAUGAAGGCUUAUUGCAUUGCAGGCGAAGGAACUAGAUUUAAAGUAGUGGAAAAUGUCAUGCAGCAAACUCAAGUGCUAUUAGAACCUUUCCUCGGUGAACUAUAAGAAAUACGUGAUAGAUAGUUGGAAAAAAGUAGUUGAAAACAGUGCUCUUUGUUCUAUGUAUAAAGCACUAUACAAGUACUACAGCUAUUAUGGC